GUCUAUGGUUUUGACGUCUACGCUUCGCUGAAACGGGGUUGUUUGCGGCGCAAUUUUAUGGAAUUUAUUUUAAUUUUUCAUUCAAUUGCUUCAAGAAAUAUUUCGUCAUACCCAUCUCAGUUAAGGUAAGGGCGUAAGGUAACCUUACGAAAGUACUGAAAAGUGAUUAUUUAUUAUGUUCAUAUAUUUCCUUCUGUAUCACAGCCAUGUUGAAGUAGUGUUGAUUUUACUCAGUUUUCGUUACAAAAGUUACAAAGUUAUUCACAAGUAAAUGUGACAGACCCAAGUUUCGUUUGUGUUGUGAAUAUAAAAGUUAAAAAGUCUUUGCAAUAUGAAAAGUGUUACAAAGUGCCACCGAAUCUGCCGUCGAGGCGUCAUCUCUAAGGGAUGGAUUCUGAAGAUUCUCGAGAUGGUGGUGGUGAUGGACAUUCCUCAUCAAGUAGUAGCAGCUCUAGUUCAAGAAGUCAUAGAAGUUCAUCUUCUAACAGAAGUAACACUUCAAAAAAAACCCCUAAGUCACCACCACACAGCCCUAGAUCACCCGGCUCUCCUAAAUCUGAAGGUAUCAGAUCUCCAUCCCCUAAAUCAGAUGGCGCUGUAUCUCCCUCCUUUAAAUCGGAAGGUCCUAGGUCUCCCUCUCCAAAAUCGGAUGGUCCAAGAUCUCCUUCGCCUAAAUCAGAUGGCCCUAGAUCUCCUUCUCCUGAAAGUCGUUCUCAAUCCCCUUCUGGACAGUCACAAACUUCAACCAAAAGACCACAGUCUCCAGAUAACCUCAGUGGAGCACAUUCUGAUAUAAAUUCACCAGAGAAUUCAAUGCCUGCAUCACCUGCAGGCCCAAAAUCUCCAGAUGCACCUAAUGCACAUAGUGAUGCUGGGUCAGAUCCAGGUUCAUUUGAAAGAACAGGCCAGUAUGCUGUGGGCCCAGCUGGUGAUGGUCCUAAGACACCACAGAGCCCUCAUAGUUCUGGGAAAUCUCCUGCUGGAUCUCGGGGAUCAAGGUCCCGUCCUGCCACUCCGGACUCCUCACAUCACCAGUCUCCAAGAAGAAGGUCACCAUCGUCGAGUCCAUCUCCAAACCGACAAACAUCUCGGUCUCCUAUACACUCCCCUGUUAAGAGAAAUGAAUGGAGACGACAUACUAAAGCUGAACAGAAAAUGGUCCCAGUAGAGAGAACUCGUAGUGGGUCUGAAUCAAGUCAGUCGAGCAGGAGUUCAUCUUAUAAUAAACGGACUAGUAUUAGGGAUCCUGUUACUGAAGAAAUAUCUGAAGGUGAAAUGGAAUCAGAUCAAGAAGAAAGGAAAUCUAGAAGUAAGUCAGUUGCAAGUGAGAAGCAAGAUGGCAAAGAUCUUAACAUUAGCCAUGAAGAUCUGUCUGAUGUUUCUGAUUUAGAUUCAGUAGGAGAUGAUGAUAAGGAUAAAGGCAAAUCUACUCCAGUUUCACUGGAAAAUAAGCAAGUAAAUGGUAACAACAACACAAGUUCACAAUCCUCACCAAAGUCUGACAGUGGAAAUGUGAAAGCGGAUGCACCAAAGUUAGAAAAGGUUCCUCAGGAAAAGACAUGUAACACAGAAGACGGUGAAGAGCAAUUAGAUUUCGAAGCUGAAGAAGGAGAAUGCAUAGAGCCUAAGUCUGUUGAACAGCAAAAUGGCGACAUUGAUAUUAAGACAUUUGAGAAAGAGGUAGAGAAGCCAGGGAAGCGAUCUCGCGGAUCGUCGUUGGAAGAGGGCGAGGUGUCCGACGAGGCGGAGCGGCGACCCGAGGAGAACGAGCCGCGGCCGGUUUGCAGGUUCUUCUCGCGCGGGGCUUGCACCUGGGGAGUUAGCUGCAGAUUUCUCCACCCGGGCGUGACGGACAAAGGGAACUAUAACAUGUUCGACGUAGUGCGAGGAGUGCCGGCCGCCGCCGCCGGGCCGCCGCUGGCCGCGCCCCGGGACGUCGCGCCGCCGGAGUCCGCUUGGGAAAGGGGGCUGCGCACUGCUAAAGAGAUGCUGCGCAUAGCGAACAAGCGGAAAGAGCAAGACAUGGACUUUGAAGAGAAGAAACUUCACUUAUCCGUUGGUGGUGUAGUGCAUGAUCCGGAUGCUGAGUUGGCGUACGCUGCGGCUGCCGUGGGGGCUUCCCCGCCUCAUAGAGAACUACCCCCGCCUCACCGCGACCCUGACCCCUUCAGACCUUACGGACCACCGGGCAUGUACCGCGGGCGCGGGAUGCCGCGCGGCGUGCCGGAUGAGCGCGAGCGAUUUUACGAGCGGGAGCGGGCGUACGAGCGGGAGCGGGUGUAUGAGCGGCCGCCGCACUAUGACGACCGCGUGCCGCCGCCUGACGACGCUUCCUAUCAUAAGAGACGCGUGCGGUCAAUGCGCGAGGUGACGGUUCAGCCGCGAGCCGGAGCCGAGAGCCGGCGCUCCCCGCGGCGGCGCGGCGACGAGUGGGCCGACCCCUGGGCGCGGACGGAGCCCGCGCGCCGCCGCCCCCCGCCCUCCUCCGACGACUCCUACUCCUCCUCCAGCUCUUCACAUUCCAGCUCCCGCAGUUCCCGCUCCGCCGCUGCGCGCCGCAAGAGGAGGGCAUCUUCCUCCCGCCAAAGGCUGUCGCCUUCGGUGAUAGUUCGCGAGCGACGCUUGGCCACUGCGCGAGCGACGGCCAUGAACCCCCCCGCGCCGCGCCGCCGCGCCCCCUCCCCCGCCGCCGCCCGCCAGCUGGCCGCCAACCCGCCCCCGCCCGCCUCGCACCGGCACAAGGAUGAAUUGGACCCGUACAGUCGGAGCAAAACAUCAGGUCGCAACAGAGAUAGGAAAAAGUAUUCAAGGUCUUCGUCAUCUGGUUCAGACUCGUCGUCGUCGUCGUCGGAGUCCGAGAGCUCUCGCUCGUCGUCGUCGUCGGGCAGCUCGGGCGCGCGGCGCGCGCGGCACGCCCGCCUGCUCAACGCCGCGCAGAGGCCCAGGUUAAAUGCGAAAUCCAACGCUGGUUUAGCAGCGGCGGUGUCGACGACUGUGACCAGUAAAAAGGAAGCAACCAGUGAUAAAGAAACUACUGGCAAGAAACGCUCAGCCACAUCGCCGAUUGAGACUCCCGCGGCCAAGAAGUCUGUCUCCAGAAGAGAAGAGCUCCUCAAGCAACUCAAAGCAGUCGAGGAUGCUAUAGCGAGAAAGAGAUCCAAAAUAUAGUAUUUAAGUAUGAUUUAAUAGCAGGUAGUUUUCAAUGGCAAGUCCAGCUUCUUAAUUGUUGCACUGUGCCACGUUACAUCGACGUCUUUUUACCUCAACGCUGAUAAUAAAUGUUGAAUUGUAAAAGUUUAUUUGAAGUCGUACAAAUGAGCAUUUAAUUGUGAUGUAAAUAGUCUUAUGUAAACAUUGACUCUUAUCUGACUCCAAAAGGUGUAUCAGUUAUUGUGUGCCCUAAGUGUAGUUAUCUUCGUAUUUUUCUUCUUUAAAUCUUGUAGUGUACCUAUACGAGAGAAAACAAGAGGGAAUUAAAACUGAAACGUAAAUUAAAAAAAACUUAUUUUGUUACUGCUUGUUCACCACAAUGUGAAACAACCUAGAAUGGUUUUGUGAUGAAUCACGUGUAUAUGUUAUUCAUGUCAUGAGUAAAAGAAAUACAUAAUUUUGUAGCAAA